CUCGAACAGUUUGAAGUGUUUGACACGUACUGUACCUACAAUUUUUUUUUUUUUAACAUUUGAUACAUUCUUUCCAUCCUUUUUGCCAAAUAAACAAUGUUCGUUGAUCCUUAUCAAGGACUAAAAGGAUUCUUAUUAGUGUUGUGAUGUGAACUAGUGAACUGUUUUCGGUGGUGUUGUGACCAUUUCUUGGAUAACUCUGUUAUAAAGUGACUCGAGGCGAAAAUGCCGAAAAUAUUUUUGAUUAAAAACAGGUUGCACCAGCAACAGUUGCGGCUUGAAUCGCAGAAUGCUGGUAACGUGAAAAACGAUCUUUUAAUUGGAGAUAAUCAGCCGCUAUCGUUGAUUGUACACAAGAAAGAUGAUACUGAUAAAAAACCAGAAGACCGAGCGAAAUCGAAAUCCCCUCCACCGGAAUCCUCAAAACCCACGAAUGUCCCUCCACGACGCUUCAUCUCCUCGAUCCUCGGCGGCGACAAACCCUACGGCAGCCGAGGGCACAUACUUACGAGGGCCGAACGAAAAGAAUAUCCUUCAAUAUUCAAACAAGACAAAAUUACUCUCCCGACACAAAAACCGCCCUCGGAAGACGCACCUCGACCGGCGCCGGUACGGCAAUUUUCGGUUAUACAACGAACGCCUAAGGUGACAAGUAAGAGGGAAGAGGAUACGGAUACGAGAGUACCUGCUAAUUUGGUGAUACAAGAACCGGAGCAAGAGCAACCGAUCGAUUAUCAUAUACCGAAGAGGAGAGGAGAAAAUGAGAAUGAAGAUGAGGAGAGGAGGAUAAGAGAGCAGAGGAGGAGUCAUUGUUCAAAAGUUAGCAAACCGCUGAUUUCUGUUAGAUCGAUAGUCGGGAAACUCCCGGUAACCAUGUCAGCGGCCGCAGGUCACGGAAGAGGAACAUCGCAAUCCCAAUCCUCCGGAGGACAACCCAACAACUCUUCAUCGGGUGGAGGCGGCGGUAUUAGCUUCAGCGGCGGAUCAUCGGGCGGUGUCGGAGGUGGUGCUAUGGGAGGCGGCACCGGCGGUGGGGGGAUGAAUCCCGGAAGGGAUGGAAGACAGAAUUACGGACCUAGUAGCCCGCCCACCGGCAGUUUGCCGCCUUUUUAUGAAUCGUUGAAAGAAAGAAAUAACGGAAAUAGCUUCAAUGCCAACGGAGCCUUCACGUCAAAUUACAUCCUCUCGAAUCAACAAAUGGAGUGCGAUACUGGACAAGAACUGGCGAAUCUCACUCUAAACGGUAGCCAGAGUCCUCCCAAGCAAUAUUCGACCCUUCAAAAUGCCUCGUACGGUAUUGUCAUGAAAGACGAAAGUGAUUUGGACAUUUACGAAGGAAAAAUGGACCCAAUGAAUCAAUUACUACCCAGUGGAUAUUCCGGUUAUGAUGAAUCAAUGAUGGUGGACCUAGUGACAGGAACGGUAGUUGACCCUCUUCAUUUUACAGCAACGCUAACCUUCUCCAGUUCAGCGGAAAAUGCUUUAUUGGAGAACUUUCCCGAUGCAACGGAUCUGUCAUCGUUCCUUCAGAGACUUCCAAACGAUGAUAAUGAUAACGACGAUGUAGGAGCUAAUAGUAUCCAUUCUCCUUCUAUGACGCCCGAAUCACAACUACAACCCGUUGGGGAUACUUUCAAUGAUCAAAUAUUAAGCAGAAAUUACGAAAACCGAGGAGGUAACUUCACCCACAAUCACUUCUCCAAAAUCUACAACGACACGCUGCCUCCUUAUCAAUCUCCACUUCACGAGAACUCCCUCCAGUCGCAGCUCCACCCGCAACAGAUGCUCUCGCCUAGCCUAUCGUUCAACGGUAGCGGUUUGGACUUGGAUUCCCCCACCACAAUGAGCCUACCAUCUCCUGGUGCGGCCAGUUGUUCCCUGGAUGGACCCCACGGGGAAGGAGAUCCCAGCAUCAGUCCGCCGGCUAAUGUGAGUGGGAGACGGGGUAGAAGGAGGGAUAGCACGAGCAGCGAUUGCCCCUCGUUGCAAGGGAGGGUCAAUGUGUUGCAUAGGUUGGGGCUUCCCGCCGAAGUGCAAUUAGAAUUCGUCAACGGAGGUCACGGCAUCAAAAACCCGCUGGCCAAUCAAGACCAGGUGCGAGGCAGCUCGAGAACUGAAGACAAAGCCAAAGUGGCCUCUAUCACUACGGAAGACGGCCAAACCAACUUCGCUUGCAGGAUAUGCAACAAGACUUUCGCCUUGCAACGUUUGUUGAACAGGCACAUGAAAUGCCAUUCGGACGUCAAGCGGUACUUGUGCACGUUUUGUGGGAAAGGAUUCAAUGAUACGUUCGAUUUGAAACGACACACGCGAACGCAUACAGGCGUUCGCCCAUACAAAUGUAGCCUAUGCGAGAAAUCCUUCACGCAACGUUGCUCCCUGGAAUCGCAUUGUCUGAAAGUGCACGGAGUCCAACACCAAUACGCUUACAAGGAGCGCAGAACAAAAGUGUACGUGUGCGAAGAGUGCGGCCACACGACGAACGAACCCGAAGUCCACUAUCUCCAUCUCAAAGAAAAACAUCCGUACAGCCCGGCGUUGCUCAAAUUUUACGAUAAGAGGCACUUUAAGUUCACUAAUUCCAAUUUUGCAAACAUGCUCUUGCAAGUGUAACAAUGGCUACACAAAACCUAUAUUAUAAACUUAUCCGUCCAAUGUAGAAGUAGUCUCUUUGAAAAAAGAAAAAAUCAAAAAUUUUCUUCUUCUCGAUUACAUUGGAUCUGUCGAAUCUCUUCUGUGAUAAUAUAAUUUUUCAUAAUAAAAAAAUUAAACACUCUUCAUCUACAUAAUAUUCGGAUAAUCGCGAGGUUAUCUACAGGAAAUGGAAGGAUAUGCGAGGAUUAAGGCCUGACAGACUGACCCCAACUAACAAAAACAAGGAUUAGGGGAAAAAACUGGACACCGACUGGAUUUGGGAAUAUUUAUUUGGAACGUAUCAAAAGUGGGUCGUACUUACAUGUGGUGUAUACAAAGUUGCAGAACUAUUUAUAAUGUUUAAUAAACGUCAAAUGUCACGCCAUAUUAAUGCGACGUAAUGUUGGUAAGGCUAACAGUAAACUUUAAACCAAAUUUUAACAAAAACAAAUCAUUGAAUUUAAUCUAUGUAUACAUUUUUACUGUUUUUAGUUUUUUUAUUAUUGUUUGCAAAUCAUAACAUAAAUAAAAAAUGAAUAUCUAUAACCUCUAUUAUAAUAUUUAUUCAACUUUUACCUUUACUCGUUUUUAUUUAUUUUUAGGAAAUAAUAGAAAAUUUCACAAGAGGUAUUUUAAUACUAGAAACUUUAAACCUUUUACUACAUUUUACUUAUAAAAUGUAAAACGAAUUUUAUCGUGAAAACAAAAAAACAGAAUAACUAUUUGAUCUAUUUACUUUAGGAAAAUAUUUCUAAAAGUUUAAAAACUAUGUCCUUUAGAAAAACAAAACGCACUCAAAAGAAUAAAUAAUAUUAAACAAGUGUCACUGUAAGUGGAACCAAAAUUACGUCAUCACUAAUUUAGCGUAUCUACUGUGUAAAUAUCUGUCAAAAUUUAUAAACCUACUAAAUUUUAAUGAAAGUUCUUGCAACCGACUAUACAUAACUAGUUAUAAUGUACGACAAAAUAUAAACAGUGUAAAAAAAUUGGGACUUAUAAAAUACUAUCGGUUCGGGUUUUUUUUUUAUUGUUAAAUGGGACCUAACUUUGAAUGGGCUUUUUCCCCG